AUGUAUUCAAUGGAAGAGAUGGGAAUCAUUCGUUUUUCCUCCGUUCUCCUGUGCUGUCUUCUCCUGUCGGAGGGCAAGAUCUCAGAGUACCAGCUGGAGUCAGAGACUCUGAGCCGCUGUGAGUUGUUGAGGGUGGAAGGGUCUGCGCAGCGGAGGGAACACAUUCCCCAGUGCUCUGAGGAUGGCAGGUUCAGACAUGUGCAGUGUGUGAAUGGGGGAACUGAAUGCUGGUGUGUGGAUAACGAAGGAGCUGAGAUUCCAGGCAGCCGACAGAAUGGAUCGGCUGUGCACUGUCUGACCACAUGCCAGCUACAUAGGCAGCGGGUCCUGCUUGGUGGAGAUGCCACUGUGGUGCCCGUGUGCUCAGACUCAGGGGAGUACCAGCCCAUUCAGUGCGACCGUGCCCGAAGCCAGUGCUGGUGUGUGGACCAGGAAGGCAUGGAGAUCUACGGAACACGCCAGAACGGAGAGCCCUCUCGCUGUCCAGGCAGCUGUGAGAUCAGAGAGCGCCGUCUCCUCCACGGUGUUGGGGAGAGCUCCCCCCCUCAGUGCUCGGCCGAUGGAAGCUUCUUGCCUGUGCAGUGCAAGUUUGUCAACACCACAGACAUGAUGGUUGUGGACCUGCUUCACACCUUCAACAGGUUGCCAGGGGCGUUUGAGACAUUCAGCAGCUUCAGGAGAACGUUCCCAGAGGUGUCCAGUUACUGCUUCUGUGCUGACAGCAGGGGCAGAGAGCUGGCCAGUACAGGUGUGGAGCUGCUGCUGGAUGAGGUGUAUGAUACAGCUUUCUCUGGACUGGACUCUGCACGCUCCUUCUCUCAGUCUAACAUGUACCGCAUCCUGCAGAGGAGAUUUCUGGGAAUCCGCCUGGCCAUGGGCGGCAGGUUCCGAUGUCCCACUAAGUGUGAGAGCGAGCAGUCGUCGAGCUCCCAGGCGGGGAACGUCUUCGUGCCCUCCUGCGAUGCAGACGGGGGCUAUGCGUCUGUGCAAUGCCAGGCUGGAGGCCAGUGCUGGUGUGUCGACGCAGAUGGCAGAGAGAUCUUUGGGACACGACGCCAUGGUGGAAAACCAGACUGCAGCAGUGGAGUGAAAGACUGUCCCUCAGAGAGACGACAGGCGCUAUCCCAGCUCUUUUCUGGCCCGACUGCCCCCUUUAGCUCACAGAGUGUGCUCUCAGUAAUGGAUGUGGCGUCCCUCAGCCCCUGCAGCCCAGAAGCACAGGAGCUGUUUGCAAAGUCCGGUUUGCUCCGGUCCGUGUCCGAGGCGGAACGGUCCGACCUAGUUGAGGUCCUGGCUGAGGUUAUUCAAGGAAUGUUUCCCUCAGGAGCCAUGGCCCUCAAAGCCCUUUCCCUGACCACCAACCCGAAGAGGCUGCAGGAGAAUCUUUUUGGAGGAAAGUUUCUGAAGAACGCUGGGAGUUUCAACUUCACCUCUGCCGUUGGGCCCAGAGGAACAUUCAGCUUCGGAAAAGCCUUUGACCAGGUGGGGCUGGCACAGGUCAGCGGAGACUUCGUCAAGCUGGCCCAGUUCUUCUCUCCUGAGAGCAGCUCUGGGCUCAGCUCAGUAGACCUGGACCGGGAGAUCUCAGAUUCCUUCAGUCGGUCUGUGAACCUCAAGAAGAACAGCGAUUUGGUGAAGCUGGUGGCGAUGACCCUGGAGAGCGAGCAGUUCUUCAUCACCCUUAGAGACAUCAUCUCCCUGUCGAAGGCAGAGGACAGCGCAGACCUGGGCAGUGUGUUCCGGGCCGCUUUCCAAAGCUCCCGGCCUGAAGCAUGCAAGAGAGACCCCUCAGCUCUGUACGUCCCCCGGUGCACCGAGACCGGGCAGUACCAGCAGGUCCAGUGUCAGGGAUCGGAGUGCUGGUGCGUGGACUCCCGCGGGCUGGAGGUCCCAGGAUCGCGCUCCAAGGGGCGGAGACCCAGGUGUCCGUCACAGUGUGACAAGGACAGGGAGAUGGCUGUGAAGGUAAGGGCGAGCCGCUCGGCAGGGUCGGAGGUCUUCAUCCCCAAGUGUGAAGAGGACGGGAGCUUUGCCCCCCUUCAGUGCUCAGGGAAGAACUGCUUCUGCAUGGACCGGGAGGGAAGGAAGCAGGAAGCAGCCGCCAUGGGACAGCCUCUGCGUUGUCCGACCGAUUGCCAGACCACAGCGGCCAGGCAGUUCUUGAGUGUGGUCCAGUCAGUGCUGUCGAGCCCAGACGUAGUGUCCCGGAUUUCUGACGUUUACAUCCCCCAGUGUGACCCGGACGGGGGCUGGCGCCGUGUACAGUGCGACGGGCCGCCAGAGCAGGCCUUCCAGUUCUACCAGGAGUGGGUCCGGCUCAACAACGCAGGGCAGGAGCUGCCCGUGUCUGAGCUCAUCGCCAUCCUCAAGGACUACAAGGGAAACAUGGAGGCCAUGGCGUCCUUCCGAGGGUUUGUGAAGGGUCUUUUCGACGUGGGGCAUCAGAGGGUCUUCCCCGCUCUGUCCGGGUACGAGACGUUCGACAGCAUCCCUGCUGAGGUCUUAGCAGGUGACGGAGAUGCUGUUUUUGGGCCUACGGUGUUCCUGAACCCCCUUGCCCUGUGGCAGCUGCUGCAGGGGAGUCUGACACGGUACCCCGGGCAGCCUUCUGACUUCAGCAUCCCGCUGGAACACUUUGACCUCCGUCAGUGCUGGUGUGUGAGCGAACGAGGAGACAUGAUUGCAGACACCAAGGCUGCGGUCAGCCAGAUCCCAAAAUGCCCUGGUUCGUGUUCUCUUGCGGGCCGCCGCGUCUCCCAGUUCCUCCAGGAUGCAGAAGCGAUCAUCUCUGUCUCCAACAGCUCCCACUUGCCACUGGGCUACGGCUUCCUGCUGGCCGAGGGCCUCAGUCUCACUCCCCAGGAGCUCCUGCGUGACCCUCCAAUGGAGUCCCUGAUCUCCGAGACUCUUUUGAGUCGCUCUGACUCCACCCUCCGCCUCGCCGCCCACUCCACGCUUCAGUUCUACUGGCAGAGCCGCCUCGGUGUGUCUGAGAGAACCAGGGAGUCAGUGCUCCUGGGGUACAAGCCCUACAUGCCACAGUGUGACGCUGACGGUCAGUGGCUGCCCACUCAGUGCUAUCCCAGCACAGGUCAUUGCUGGUGUGUUGAUGGAAAGGGCCAGUAUAUCCCUGAAUCCCUGGCCAGUCGCUCCAUGGAGCUGCCCCAGUGUGGGACCCCAUGUCAGCGGGCUCACACUCAGGCUCUGCUUUCUGAUUGGACUCCAUCUGACCAACCUUUCUCCUCAUAUAACCCCAUUUGUGAAGAGAGUGGAGAGUUCUCUGUGCUGCAGCGGGAGCGUGUGGGCAGCGGAAUGGGCUGGUGUGUCAGUCCUGUCACAGGGAAACCCAUUCAGCCUGCCACUCAGAGCCCUACAGGAGAGCUUCAGUGCCCCAGCUGGUGUCAAAUGCUGAAGGAUCAGGUGAUCAGGAGGGAGGCAGGGAUUGGCUAUGAGCCGGAGUGUCAGGCGGAUGGCCAGGGCUUUUCGCCGGUGCAGUGUGACCAAGGCGACUGCUGGUGUGUCUCUCAAAGUGGGCUGGAGCUUCCUGGGACCAGAACCCCCCGAAACACAGGCCGGGCCCCUAGCUGUGACAGUCCUCGUUGUCCCCUUCCAUUCGGUGAACCUGUGGUUGCCCACGGUGCCCUUCUGUGUGGUGACAUCACAGAAGACGGCCAGCAGAGGCAGAAAUGCCAGCUCUCGUGUCAGCAGGGCUUUGUGAGCGUACUUCCUGCCAAUGACUUCCUGUGCGACUUGGCAACUGGAACCUGGAUAUCAGAUGCACCCCUUCCUAAUGCCUGCCAGAGGCCCCAGGUGCUGCAGGAGGUCCAGGCUAGCUCUGAGCUUCUGCUGCCCUUGUCUGAAGGACAGAGACCUUGUAACUCACAGCGUGCUGGACUGCAGCUCUCUAUCCUACAAGAUCUGAGGGCUCAGGGGCUCUGCAGCCUGCAGGUCACAUCCCCUACGGGAAAGGCCAGCUCCGUGUCAGUCUGCGACGAUUCUUCUGUGUCCCUGGAGUGUGACAGUGAUGAGACGCUGAGGGCCGAGAUCACAUGGAAGGCACGGCUCGCAGACAUCCCUGCCCAGGCUCUGCCAGACGUGCAUGAUGUCGACAUGGCGUUCAGUGGUGGGAGUCUACUGGCGGGCGUCAUUGACCUGAUCAGAAGCGGUCCCUACCAGGCCAUAUUCUCACCCAACGUCCCCAUGGUGCCCCCUCCAGCUGUGACCUUUGGCUGCUCUCCAGGGUACCACCGUGUUUCAGGGACCAUGGGAUGUGUGGCGUGUCCCCCAGGGACCUUCUUCAGCAGCAGGGUCUGCUCUCUGUGCCCACGUGGCUCCUACCAGGACAAGAAAGGACAGGACUUCUGUGACAAGUGUCCCCGUGGCACAUCCACUGCCUUCCCAGGAGCGUUCAGACCCACACAGUGCCUCAGCGAGUGCCAGAAGAGCGGGUUGGCCUGCACAGAGAGCGGCACGUUCCAGGCAGCCCAGCUGGACAGCUCGACCAGCAGGUGGCAGUGUGUGAGCUCGCAGGGGGAGAGGCUGCCAUGGACCUCAUCCCUGCAGCCCCUGUCUGAUACUGAGUGCGGAGUGUUGGAGAAAUUCGAGGCUGUGCCGAGGUCCCAGUGGAGCCUGGAGGCUGAGGAUGCUGUCCUUCUCUACUCAGAGGCAUCAGAUGCAGAUCUGGAGAACCAGCUAAGACAAUGCAUCUCUGACUGCGCUAACAAUGAGUCCUGCCAUCACCUGGCCCUGUUCACCGAGGGAGGGCGAGCCCAUUGCGAUGUGUACAGCACAGACGAAGCUAAUAUCAAGUGCGAGAGUUCUGGAAAGGCCAAAGGGUUUCUGGGAAAUCCUGGUGUUGAUAUGUUCCAGACCCUCAGUUGUCUGCUGAAAGUGAAAGGAGGUGAUAGAGCAGACCUUCAAGUGCUGAGAAAGAAAGGUCAUGAGUUCACUACUGUGUCUCAGAAGUCGUUUGAGAGACUGAACUUCCGUAAGGCGAGCUCAGGGGUGUACCGCACCAUGGUGUUCCAGGCCGAAGGGGCCACCCUGACGGACGUUCAUCGUUUCUGCCAGGACGCCUGCAGUCAAGAGGGUUGCUGUGAUGGGUUCAUCCUCAACCAAAACAUCCUCAAUGGAGGCACAGUCAUGUGUGGUCUCCUGAGCUUCCCGGAAGUGCUGCUGUGCAGUGACAGGGACUGGGAUAUCGCUGGCUCGUCCGAGUCCAGCAGAAUCUGCGGAGCGGGGGUUCAGUACAACAAACAGAGGAAGCAGUUCACCUUCAACUUUGGCGGCCAGAACUUCACCAUCACUGAUGCGGCCCUACCGCCAACAAGCAAAAACAAAACUGAUUACCAGGCGACCAUCAUUGGCUUCCAGCGCAUUUAUCUCUGGAGAGAUUCCGAUAUGACCACUCGUCAAAAGUCCUCUUCAGCAUGUGCCACCGUUUCCACGCAGCAAGAUCAGAGCAUUCUGUUACCAGAUUCUGUGAAAGACAGCUUUGCCGCAGUGGACAGCAGCGCCAUCCGUGUGGACUCGAAUCAGGACGUCCCAGCCCAGCGCUACUGGCUUUUCAAGCACCGCUUCUCUGCGGAGGAGGCCCAGCGGUGGUGUCUGAAACGUUGUGAGGAAGAGGAGCUCUGUCAUGUUGCUGAUAUUCAGGAUGACAGCCCCAGCUACUUCACCUGCGCCUUGUAUCCUGACACCCGUGUGUGCGGGGCCUACGACAAGCCCCUGAGACAGGCCUGCAGUCUGGUGCUGCCCCAGCUUCCUCAAAACGCCUACAGCAAGAAAGUCACCCUCACAGGAAGUGUGGAGAGCUUCUACAGCCGUGUACCGUUUAAGAAGAUGGUGUCCUAUUCAGUGCGGAACCGGGUCAGUCUAGGGUCAAAGCCCAUCACUGAGGGGUUUUAUGAAUGUGAACGACGGUGUGAUGAAGACCCAUGUUGUAGAGGGAUUGGGUACGUCAGAGACACCGAAUCUCCUGGCUCGGCCGUUCUCUGUCUGACUCUGAACAGCUUUGGGAUCCAGACCUGCGGUGAGGAUGAUCGGACCAGCUGGCGGGUCAUGGACUGCACGCCCUCCAAAGUGGAAACGGGGGUGUUUCCGUUUGGAUGGUACGAGAAACCAGUAAACCAGUGGACCAGAAGUCCAGAGCUGUGUCCUUCAUUCCGUCUCACUGCACCAUCACUUAAAGUGACACAGAGCGAGUGGGAGUUGGUGGAUGCCUUCUCUGUUCUGGUUGAUCCAUCCAUCUCCACCUACGACACCAUUCACAUCAGCAAGGACAUUGCAGAGGACUUUGACAAGGCCAGAGACUGGUGUCUCUCUGCCUGUCAGAGGAGUGACUCUUGCUCUGUGGUGACUGUGGACAGACAGGAGUCCGCUGUGCGCUGUGUGCUGCUCCCUGACACACACGCCUGCGCCCCCACAGCACAGGGACAGACCUGUCGCCUCCUCAUCAAAGAGACAGCCUCUCAUGUGUACCUCUGGAAAGGUCUAAGGACGGAGACAAGGUCUGUAUUCAUCCCGGGUUACGGAACCCUCCUCGGGGAGUCCCGGAUAACAUCUGUUGGCUCAGACAGAAAGAGAGUUGGCUACUUCCUAGGUGUGCCAUAUGCUCGUCCUCCAAUAGGAGGGCUUCGUUUUAGCCCGCCACAGCCUGCAGAAUGGAGUGGGAUGUGGAAUGCAACCUUUCCCCGACCCAGCUGUCUGCAGCCAGGAGAUGGGGAUUCUUCUUCCUCCAGUGAGGACUGCUUGUACCUGAAUGUCUUUGUCCCCAGCAGCAAUAGAGGAAACAGCUCAGUGCUGGUGUUCUUCCAUAACCCAGCAACAGCCUCCAGCAGCAACGGGCUCACGCUAUUGGACGGCUCCUACCUUGCUGCCGUCGGCAACCUCAUUGUGGUUACAGCGCACUUCAGAGUGUCAGCGUUUGGAUUUCUCAGCACAGGUACCAUGCUGUACCCGGGCAAUGUGGGCCUUCAGGACCAGGCUGCUGCUCUUAAGUGGGUCCAGGAGAACAUUGCUCAUUUCGGGGGUGACCCACAGAAAGUAACCCUGGGGGCAGAGCGGGGUGGGGCUGACGCAGCCAGUCUGCACCUCCUUUCCGCGGGAGCAUCUGGCCUCUUUCACCGAGCUCUGUUCAUGGGCGGAUCAGCCUUCUCUCCAGCCACGGUCAUCAGCAGUUCUAGGGCCAAGGAGCUGACGGACUCUCUAGCCCGUGAGGUGGGCUGCUCCUCCUCCACCUCUUCCCAGGUGGUGUCCUGUCUGAGAGGGGUGCCAGCCUCCACCCUAAACUCCGCCCAGACCAAGCUGCUGGCUGUUAGUGGGCCUCUGCGAGCCUGGGCCCCAGUGGUUGAUGGGAUAACUGUGCAGGCAAAGCCAUCGCUCACCCUCAAGACUGCACGCUUCCAAGAUGUGGACCUGAUGCUGGGGUCUUCAGCUGAGGAUGGGCUCAUCAGCCGGGCCAAAAACAUCAAGAGAUUUGAGGAGCUGCAGGGGAGAGCAGACGGUAAAACGGCCUUCUAUGAAGCGCUGUCCAAUUCCCUGGGAGGAGACAGCGCCAACGCGUUUGUGAAAGAGGCCGCGACGUGGUUCUACUCCUUGCAGCACGCUCCCACACCAGCGGGCUACAACGUCUUCUCAAGGGCUUUGGAGAAUGCUACGCGAGAUCUUUUCAUCAUCUGUCCUGCAAUCCGCAUGGCUCAGUUCUGGGCAGCUCAGAUGAAGUCCAACAUCUUCAUGUACCACCUGCCAGAGGAAUCAACCCGGACCAGUGCUGAUCUGUCUGUGCCCCUGGACAUCCAGUUUGUAUUCGGACUCCCUCACCACUCUGGGACAUACAGUCUCUUCACCAGCAAAGAGAGAAGCCUCAGCCUACAGAUGAUGGCCUACGUGGCCAACUUCAUUAAGUCUGGGAACCCGAACCACCCGCACUCCUUCUCCCGCGCAUCUUUCAGCGAGACACUGCCCCUCUGGCCUCGCUUCCUGCCCCACCCAUCAGGGGACAACUACAAGGAGCUGGACAAGGCCCUAAGCAACCGCAAGGGCCUAAGGAGGGCAGAGUGCUCCUUCUGGUCUGACUACGUCCCUGCACUGACCGCCUCCACAGCCAAACUCUCACCUGGGAUUUCAGAGGAGGAACCGGCCAGUUUUGCAGCUCCCACACAAGAAACAAAAUUAAUCAGUAUUUUCCGUGCUUCCGUGACACAAAGCAAAGCAAAGUCUGAAAAGGACGCUUACAAUUAAAACGCUGUGCAUUCUUGAUUAACCUUCCUUUCAAAAUGGAGCACACUCC